UCUAACACAAAAAGAGAAGGUGGCCACUUCGCAAUUGCGAUUCAACAUUCAAAGGCUGGAUGAUUUCGUCGUCUUCUUUUUUCCAUGGAAUAACGUGUUUUAGCUUGUAUCACAUGGUGCUUUGUGUGACCAAACACCAACAAAAAGCUUCCAGACGAUUGGACCAUUACAAAUCUGUCAUUUUACGCUUUGUCGAUCGCUUUUGGAAAAUCAGGCCUGGGUCCUCGAUUUCGGUGAGGGUUUGUCGGGGGCACAAAAGCUCAGUCUCUCGCUUUAAUGCUCGCGCAAUUUGAUUCUCUGCCUUGGAUCUGACAGUGAUUUUACAGAUUUUCAGUGCCUGCAGGACAUUAAAUGGGCAAGGUGGCUGCUACUGUUAGCAAUCCGAGUUCAGACACCAAGAGAAAUGUGGUCUCAAGUGUGUUUGAUCCGGCACUCUCUCGAUUCGUUGGAUUCUCUCAAAAGCUUCAAACCUGUCUUAAGUCCCAGCUGAAGAAUCUAACAGCUGAUAAGCAAGGGAUUGGUUCUUCAUGGAUGCAAGAUAAAGAAAGCUCAUCGAGCUCCAUACAAAUUGACCUGGAUAAACAGUUAGAUAGUUGGAGAGAAAACCCUUCGUGGACCGAUCAGACCCCAGUGAUUAAGGUGAGUAUUCCAAAAGGAUCGCUUUGCAAUCUCAAAGCGGAAGUGAACGUUGGGUUGCCUCCUGACGCAGUAUAUAACAUUGUGAUCGACCCUGACAAUAGAAGAGUCUUCAAGAAUAUCAAGGAGGUUCUGUCGCGGAAAGUUGUGGUAGAUGAAGGAUUAAGGCAAGUGGUGGAAGUAGAACAAGCAGCUUUGUGGAGAUUUCUCUGGUGGUCAGGAACAAUCUCAGUUCAUGUUUUGGUAGAUCAAAACCGAGCAGAUCACUCUAUGAGAUUCAAGCAAGUGAAGAGCGGGUUCAUGAAGAGAUUCGAAGGAAGCUGGAAAGUUAAGCCAUUGUUUGUGGACGAGCAUAUGUGCGAUCGUCUGAAACCGAAAACCCUGGAGGAAUAUAACCAUUGCACUGGAGGUAAAGGGAGGAUCGGAUCAAAGGUGACGCUGGACCAGCUAAUACAGCCAGCGAUUAUUCCACCACCGCCUAUUUCUUGGUAUCUGAGAGGAAUCACGGCCAAAACAACAGAGAUGCUCAUCCAUGACUUGUUAGCUGAGACCGCUAGGAUCCGCAAUGGUUUUGCGACCGGAGAAACGGAGGAUAGUGAUGAGCAACGGAUUGGGAAACCCGGAGAUAUAAAGGAAAGAUGGGCUGCACAUAGAAGAACAUCAAGGAGACGGCGAAAAGAGUUGUGCUGAUUCAGUUAUUGAUGAAAGAACUAAAACCAUUCCAUGGUUUUGGUAAUAGAGAAUGUUCAUGGGUUUUGGUAUCAUUCAGGAAUAUGUGAAGCAUAAUAUACAUGUUUGUUGUGAUAAGAUUCUGAUUCAUAUAA